CUCACAAAGAACAAAAUAUUUCAAAUCUUUCACAACCAAUUUAUUAUCCUUGAUGGAAGGCAAUAACACAUGGCUUGCCUCUUUAGAUUAUUCUCAACCACUUCCCUAAUCAUUUAACCCUUUUUUUUUUCUUUAUAUAGUUGAUGAACCAAACUAUGCUCUCUCGAGAUCGUGAUGACUACUGUAAACAAGCAAAUGAAAGGAGGAUUCAAGUCCUUUUACAAGUCUCGGGAUGGAGCUUGUAACGUACAAGCAUGUGAGUCUGUUUCAGUGGAUAAAGCAUAUGUUUACAAGUAUAACUGGUUGGGUAGGAAGAGUAAGAAGGCAGUUCAUCAACAUGGCGGGCCGAGAGGAGCGAAGGGCGGUGGGGGCGGUGACGAAGGCGGGGGAACAGAGGGGAGAAAGAUGGUGGUUGAGGGUAGGAAGUCAGUCUCCCAUGUGGAAACAAACUUGGGAUCAGUGGCUUCAUUUCUUCAAGUGAAGGUAUUGGUAUCAGACAUGCCUGAGAUGAUGCAAAUUCAGGCGUUUAGAUGUGCAAGGAGGAGCUAUGACAGCUUGGAGAAGUUCAGCUCAAAGCUCAUGGCUUACAAUCUUAAAAAGGAGUUUGACAAAGUACAUGGGCCGGCCUGGCAUUGUAUUGUGGGCUCAAGUUUUGGGUCAUUUGUGACCCACUCAACAGGUUGCUUCCUAUAUUUUUCAAUGGAGGAAUUAUAUAUUUUAUUAUUUAGAACUAAGAUUCAGAAAGCUACUGAAUGAAUGAGUUCAUUUAAUGAACCUAAUGUAAAGGCAAUUUUUAUUAAUAUUGUACAAAACCAAUU